AAAAUGAAACAACAUGAUAUAUAAAGUAUGCCAGUUUAUGAAAAACUAGAUUAUCGAUUACGUAUUGAAAAGUCGUCACACGCUAACGGUUAACAGAUAUCUAAGAUGGAUUUCGUCAAAUUCGUGUGCGGAGUGUUCGCUAACUUUUUCCGUUUUAACACAGAUUUGGACAACGAAAAAUCACAAGAAACAAAUCAUGGGGUAAUUUCUAUGGUGGCAUAUGUUUGCCCCCUACAUGGAUUUGUAUCCAGAAGGCGGAGACAACAAAUGCCAAGGCGCGACACAGAACCUGAUGAGGAGUGGAUAAGAGACACAAACGCUUAUGACUUUGCUAUGUCUCUGUCACAAAGGAAAUAUGAACAUAAAACUUCCAAGAAAAAAUCAAGUAGCAGACCAAAAGCAAGACAUAAUGUGAAUCACCAUGUGAAAACUUCUGCCUCAUGGAAAGAGGAAACUAAAACUGGAGAAAUUCAAAAUGCGAUAGCUGAUAGGGGUACCCAAUUCAGUUCCUGGAAAGAUGUAACAGACUUUGAUUUUCCGGCUCGUAAACCCAGAUGCAAACGACAUAGAAGACAAAUGAUUCAACGUGAAGAACAUUCUUAUGAAAAGCACCAGGAAAGUCCUCAGCUACAACAAGCGCCACGAAAGAUCCAUGCGUCUAGUGGUAGAAAAACAAAUGAUUCAUUAGUAUCAUAUGCAGGUGAAUUUGAAACAGUACGUCCCAAAUUGCCUAAGAAGCAUGAUUGGAAUUUUGAAUCACUUGAAGAAGAUUUUUCAUCAGACGACAGUUUUAGAGAUGUGGAAGAAGAUACAGAACCAAAUAAAGAAAACUUUUAUGAAGAAUCAUGCAAAAUGUACAGUAAAGAAAACCAAACGGAAAAUGUCGAAGAAAACCUGUUAAUAAACGGUUUUGAUUUAUCAGACAAAUUCAUAAAAAGCUUUAAAUCCAAAGAAACCGAUAUUUAUCGAAAAAUGCUCGACGCAAACGAUAGCCUUCGGAAAUGUGAAACGUGUCCUCACAUGUACAAACAUUGUGAAAUCAAAAUUAUUAACCCCCACAAAGCACUGUGUUUGACCUUUGAUGGUGCAGAAGAAAUUGAAAUAUCAGGACGAUCAAAAUGUGGAAAGGUUUUUAAUGAAGAUCACGUUGUUGUUGAAAUUUUGGAAAGUCGUGAGAACACAUCAAACAUUUCAUCACGGUCAACAACUUGUACUAAAUUUUCUAAAAGCAAAACAUAUGGAGAAGUCAUCGGGAUAACAAAAACGAAUGAAACGUUGUCGAAGAAUCCUAUCUUCGUUUGUACCCUUGAUCAGCAUACAAUGUAUCAUAUGAAGCCUUUAUGCAAAACAGUUCCAAAAAUACAUGUCCUGCAUAGAAAACAAAAUUCUCAAGUUGAAAUUUAUAAGUAUGACGAAAGAACAAUGGAUCUGAAACUCGAUCGACUGAAAAAUAUAGAUCAUUCAAAACGAAAAAGAUAUAUUUUCAUUGUAUGUUUUAUUGAGUGGAAGAAAAUCUUUCCUCUUGGGGCUGUCAUUGGAGUAUAUGAUGGAAGAUGCGAUAUAAAAACUUCCCUGAGAAUGCUUUGCUUACGGAACCAUGUAUCUGUUUUGUAUCGGGAAAAUACAGUACAGAAGGUAAAUGAAAUCUUAAACAAUGUGUCAGAUCAGAAUGGUGAUGAACAAAGAACAGAUUUGUCGGAAAGUGUCCGUGUUUUCACAAUUGAUGAAAAAGAAUCGAUGGAUUUAGAUGACGCACUUAGUGUAAGGAGAAUCUCAAAAAACGAAAUUGAAAUCGGUGUUCACAUAGCUGAUGUAGGAAGUUUCGUGCAGAAAAAUGACCCUAUUGAUCUAGAAGCACAAGAGAGAUCAACAACAUUUUAUCCAGGUGAAAACUAUUCCCCAUACCAUAUGCUUCCUGAACCAUUGGGAGCGGGGAUAUGUAGUCUUCUUCCUCAAAAGAAAAGAAAAACUAUUUCAAUUAUUUUCAAUAUGGAUAAAUUGGGAAACAUCUUGAAAUGGGAUGUCAAACGCACAGUCAUUCAAUCUCGAAGACGAUUUACAUAUUUCGAGGUUCAGCAAAUAUUGUCAAAAGCUGUGGAAAUGGAUGAUUUCAAGGAAGAAUUUUGUAUAUUGCAUAAUAUUACCAAGCAUAUUCGACACAGGCGCUUGGGAAAUAGGGCUUUUUCGUUUCCAUUCGAAUCAUCAUACAAUGAAUGCAGUGGAUCAUACUUUGAAUCCCUCGAUGCACAUAUCAUGGUUGAAGAAUGCAUGGUUCUUGCAAAUCGACAUAUAGGUCAAAUGUUGAUCAAAACGUUUCCUGACUGUGUCCCUCUUCGUGUUCAAAACAAACCAUCAUCUUGCAGAGUUAAAGAAUGGUUAGAACAUUAUCCGAUCAUUGCAAAUUUUGUUCUCUCACUUCAACACCACAUUCUUCCAACAAGUACCACAUUGUCUUUUGACAAAGUUCCUGAAGACCAACUAUCACAGCAUGUACCAAUACAAAAUCAUAUAUGGAAAAAUUUGGUCUCAGAUUAUGAGAAAGGGAACUUCAAAAAUAUACAAAAGUUAGUCGGCACUGAUGAAUUUCAUCCACACCAAGCAAUGGCAUAUGAGUCUUGGAUCUCAUUUCAAGAGAAGUCAUCUUAUCAAUGCUCGGGAUCAUCUCACGGACAAAUGCAUUUCUCUUUAGGAAUAUAUCCAUACGUUCAUUUCACGUCUCCAAUUAGGCGAUAUGCCGAUUUGAUAGCAAAUCGGUUAGUCAACGCUGUACUUGACAAUGCGAAAUCACCAUAUUCUCAAAAUGAAGUUGAAAUAUUGUGUAAGAAAAUCAAUAGACGCCGACCCAGAGAAUUUGAAAGGCAAUGUCGGAUACUGCAUUGGGGAAAACAACUUCGAAAACAGCCUGUAUUCUUGCAUGGCUUGGUGAAAUCGGCGUCAGAAACAUCUCUUCUAGUUUGCCUUCCUGGCUUUAGAGAAUUUGCAAAAACAUGCAGUGAUAUUCAAUAUCAUUUACUGAAAGUGAAGAAAAACCCAGAUUUAGAAGAGAAAUAUGGAAGGGGGCAUUUGCUAACCCUGUCAUGGCAGCAGCGACUCUAUUCAGGACUCGCAUUUUCUUCAGAUGUAUCGAAUUCUGGAAGAGAACCAGUGAAUUUAAAUCCUCAUCAGAAGGUAACCUUCCUUCCCUGUAGGAAAUGGAAAAAACUGUUACAGUCCGUCAUUACAGGUGAUAUGAAUUCAUUGCAAGGAAAUGAUUUCGUAGAGACUGAAGUUUUAACAACUGUCCGUGAAUGUCAAGGUACACACUACGAUGCAAGUUCUGAAACAAACGAUGGUGUCAUCGGGAAACAAUAUACUGAAUUCAGUAUGACAUUCAGCAAAGGCCAGAUUCUUCCUAUUCAAAUUGGAGCUGAAGAAAUGGGAGGAAUGCGGACGCCAGUUAUUCAACUCUUAGAACUUACAAAGAACGUAAAAUGUUGUAUUCAACACAUGUCCGAUCCAGUGCGGUGCUUUGCAACAUUUGCGACUAAGCAUGCAGGCAAUGGACGAAUAACACUAUCUGAGUAUAUUCAACGAUGGUUAAACAUAUUCAGAAUGGAAUCGGUAAUGAACGCAACAAAAUCUAUAUCAAUAGUAAUAAAUGAUUUGCAAGUUGGUUUUCUUGCAUCCGAAAGGUUUGACGGUUCUUUCGUUCUUCUCGAGAAGUUCUGUCAGCAAAGAGACAUGGAUUUCAGAUGGCACAACGAAGAGAAUGAAGAGGACCAUGUCUCAUACCAAACAAAUUUUAUAUGCAUCCGGUGCGAUUUGGUAAAUGGAAUUCCUUCGCGACCAAACAAUGACUGUUCACCAUAUGAACGAUGGGUAUGGGUUGGUCAUGGAGAGACAAAGUUAUUUAAGAAGGUUGCAAAAAGUGGAGAAAUUGAAGUGAAGUUCAAGCUACAUAAAAAUAGCCUCAACCCAACUUCCUCAAUGACUGAUGCCAAAUCUCGUCCAAUUUGUGCUGUUGAAAUUCUUCAAAUGUCUGAGUCAGACAGGCACAUUGAAGAUGCUUUGAAGGGAUUAGCAACAGCAACACUACUUGCAAAAUCAAUAGCUACAAGAAAUAAUAUUCCUCAUCUAGACAAAACCCAUUUAGAAAUAGCAAAACAGUCAAAAUACGAUGUGAUCAGCGAUGCUUUUCAGCCAAACAACGAAAAGCAGUUAGAGGCUAUUAAGAAAGCUCUCUCAUCAAGAUUUACCCUCAUACAAGGACCACCUGGCACAGGAAAGACUAUGGCUGGAAUAAAGCUCGUAUUGUUAUUUACGCAAAUCAAUCUGAAGUACCAAAAGCACGGUGGAGACCACAAACAAGUUGUGUAUUGUGGUCCAUCUAACAAAUCUGUUGAUCUGGUGGCAAGAUGGAUUAGAUCACACGUACCAGAUCUCUGUCCCAACAUGGCGAGAAUGUACGGAAGUUCCCUUGAAAGCACAAUAUACCCUAUACCAGGCAGAGAUUACCUAAACCAGAGUUCGUGCAAAGACAACCGACCAGAUCCGGAUUUAGCCGAUGUAUCCCUCCAUAACUUGAUACGAAAAGAAGGAAAACCAUUCGCAGAAAAACUGAUGAAGUUUGAUAAGUUCUUCAUAAAAAACUUAGAUUGCACUAAUAUUGAACCGGAUAAUAUCAUAAAAUAUAAAAAGUUACUCUCGGAGGCAACGCAAGAGGAGUUAAAACUUCAUGACGUCAUUUUCUGUACAACCGCCGUUGCAUCAAACCCAAAAUUUUCUAAAGCGACAAAAGGCAAGAUCUUUCAGCUCAUAAUAGAUGAAGCGGGGAUGUGCACCGAACCAGAAACUAUGGUGCCAAUUAUUGCUACUAAAGCGGAGCAAGUCGUUCUUAUCGGUGAUCACAAACAACUCCAACCAAUCAUCAUUUGUCAAGAGGCGGCAGAACUGGGACUGUCGAGAUCUCUGUUCGAACGUUCUGCUGAAAAUGCUGUAUUUCUAGAGUUUCAGUACAGAAUGAAUCCAAAGAUAUGCGACUUUCCAUCAAAACAGUUUUACAAUGGAAAGCUUAAAAGUGGACUUUCUGGAAAGUGGAAAGUUCAGAAGCCGCUACAAAUAUGGCAAGCAUCAGGAAUUCCGCUUUUGUUUUGUCACGUCAAAGGAGAAGAGGAAUGUCUAUCGGUUGCUACAGAAGAGGGUAAUCAACAAUCGCGUAGCAACAAGGCCGAAAUAGAGCAUGUGGUGAAGGUGUACAGUUUUUUGAUGUCUCAUAAAGAAAUGGAAACAAAACACGUCCAAGUAAUAUCCCAGUACAACGCACAGUGCUUUGCGAUACGAGAAGCCCUUAAGAAGAAACGUUUCAUAAAUUCAAAGGUUAACACAGUUGUAUCUAGCCAAGGAGGAGAGUGGGACUAUGUGAUAUUCAGCACUGUUAGAUCACUUCCGGACUAUAGAAUAGAGCGUCGAUCUACUCUGGGCUGGCGCAAGAAGAAUCUGGGAUUCAUUACGGACCAACAUCAGCUUAACGUGGCUCUUACUCGCGCCAGAAAGGGCCUCAUCAUCAUAGGAGAUAGAUAUCUUCUUCGGUGUGACCCUGUUUGGCGAGAGCUGAUAAACCACUACUCAGAUUUAGAUUGUGUUGUGAAUGCAGAGAUGCAAGAACUCUCUCCGUUGCGGAGACAGAGAAGAAACAAUACAAACCUUUGACCCAGAUGGCAGGCAUGCAAAUGACUUUCGAAAUCAAUAGUAUAACACAUUUUAUAAAUGAAAGUAUAUCGUCUUGAACACAUUGCUGUGAAGAGUAAAGUAGAGUAAUUAAAUUUAUGAAUAAUU